UGGGAAACGCAACCAGAUCAUUUUGAACGUUUUACUAUCGAUCAAACUAUGACUGAGUUUGGGAUUUGUUUCACGCUGAAUUCUAUUUUAUCGAAUUAUUCAUCACCAGAGAGAUUCAUUAAAAACGACAUGUCGCUCAUCUCCGACCCCAAAAUAAGUGACAUUAUGCCCAGUGAAGAGGAUCCUUUCUUACAUGUCAAUAAUAUACAACUUCCUAUCAAACUAUUUGUGCAUUCUUAUAAUGAAAUUCCGUCUUAUCUGGAUAAUUUCUUCGAAUUGAAUAUUGAAAGUGCGAUGGAUAUGGAAGUAAUGACUGAAAAACACACAGCAGUACCGGAUAUUCGUAGUCUGAGGAUAUCACAACGCCAUUGUCGGUUUACAGACGAAUCUGAUCUGAAGUAUUUUCCGGUUUAUUCUUACAACUUGUGUCGGUUGGAGUGUAAAAUGCGUUUGGCAUGGCGAUUGUGCAAGUGUUUCCCGUUUUACUUUCGGAGACUUUAUGGCGAGAAAGUAUGCAACCUUGAUGGCAUGAUAUGCAUAGGCAAACAUUCACAUGAAUUUAUCCAUUUACAUGACGAUAAUGGUCAAGGAUUUUGCAAGGGAUGUGAUGCAAAAUGUGAAGAUGAAGCAAUCACAAUAGUUCGCAGUACAACUAUGCCUUGGAUGUUUUCCGCAGAAAUAACUAUUAUUCUUAAGCUAUUAACCCAAACACGUCUGCAGAUUAACACUAUCUACACGGAAACUGAUUUUCUUGUACAAAUUGGAGGUUUAGCUGGUUUGGCAUAUGGUAUAGGUCUUCUCAGUUUAGUAGAAAUCGUAUAUUUCUUAUCUCUACGUUGUUAUUUUGCCAUUGUGCGUGGUAAAACAAUCAAAACAAAUUUAUAA